GUCUAUAGCUUUGUUGAUAUAAUUUUGCCCGGCAGAUUUGAUCCCUUCCAAACAUGAAAAUUACUUUAAAAAAGAGCAAAAUUGUCUCAGAAUUAGGUACAGAAUGACAGAACUGCAGAGAUGACAAGGAUGAUGUGCUAGUUAGACGAUGUGAAACAGGAACUUGCAGUUGCUGUUAACAUGGAACAGAGGAGAUGCAAAGACUUCAGUCCAGAUCAACGAUUAAACUGUGGAGGAGUAGGUACAAGUUGAAGCAUCCACGGGGAUGACAGUCACUAUGAUAGAUACUGCAAUGGUCAAGAGGCUCGUGAAGUUGAGAGAAGAACACCUGAUCAAAUACUCUGCUGCUCAGGGCAUGAACCAGGCUCAGAUGAUUGCCAAACCUGUCUUAGUUUGUGGAGAAAAAGCUCAGCUGUACAAUGUGAGAUGUCUCCCCUGAAGACCAGGGAUAAGCCCCAAGGAAACUGUUCUGCAUCAACCGACAAGAUCUACAUCAGGAAGGACAUCAGAAGUCCUCUGACCGCCACACCGACCUUCGUCACAGGCAGUGCCCUGGCAGGAGGUAAUAUGAAGAGUCCACUGAGCACGAGGCAAGGUCUGUUUGAUCAAGGCAUCCUUUUGAAUGUUCAUAUGACAUCAUCAUCGGCGUCAACCUCGGAUUUAACCAAAGAUCUCAGCACUAAAGUCAUUGUUGUCAUGCCAAUGACAAUACCAAAAAGAAGAAAGAGGACACUACUCAUUUACAAUAGAUACAUUCUCCGUCUCAGACCCUACGAAUCAUAUCAAAUGGUGACCAGGAUGUACAAGGAGGGGACAAUAUUUGAAGGCUUUUGAUGCUCUUACCAAGGCACUCAAUACAUCGGGGGACUAGGAAGCAGGGGGGUUAAGGUGCCGAUCUGCAACGCUGCCACCUCAUCUACUAAAUCCUCAACAUAGCGCACUCUCUGGCAACACACCACCCAUGGGGGCAUACCUCACACCUCAACCCCAGGCCAUUGGUUUGUAUUAAGCCAGGAUGGCGGUCAUCAUCAGAGGGAUGCAACUUCUUUCUAUCUGCAGUCUUGGCCCAGCAUGAAAGAGACAUAAACAAGCCAGGAUGACAUGAUCAGAGGGAUGCAACUGCUUUCUACCUGAAGACUUUGCCCAGCAUGAAGGAGACAUUGGUCUGUACAAACAAUCCAGGAUGACGUUAUCAGAGGGAUGCAACUUCACUCCACCUGCAGACUUGGCCCGUCAUGGAGAGAAAUACUUGAGGGGGUAUCUCACUGAGCGGUGAAUGCUUUUAAAUGUUGGGAAUCUGAGAUUCACCAAAUUUUCUGACGAGUGAUGCAAACUUGUGCGAAUGUUUGUAAAUGACAUCAAAAUCUAUUUGCGAUUGCGAACUGCUUCAAAAUGAAAAAAAAUAUGUUUGUAAACAUUUGAUACUUAUUUAUUUAUCAGUGGGUUGAAUUUAUACAGGAGCCAACUGAUUGCUAGUAUAUUGGCAAAUAAAAAAAAAACUUCAGCCUUACCGUCUUAUUACCAUGUGCAAUAAGAAAAAAAGUUUGCAACAACGAAAAAUGUUAAAGAACUUUCUUGCAAUCUUUUAUGAACCCUGGUGGGUGUUUCAUAAAGCUAUUCAUAAGUUAAGAGCGACUUUAAGAAUGACUGGUGAACCUUUCUUACGUGCUAAAUAAUCACCAUUGAACAUUUAAUGGUGAAUAUCAUUUACCACAAGAAGGGAUCACCAGUCAUUCUAAAAGUCUAUCUUAACUUACGAACAGCUUUAUGAAACGGCCCUUUCGUGAAAUCCCAAAUUCACUACAUUUGCAAGCAUUCGCUGCUCAGAGAGGUUCCCCCUUUACUAAUAUGUGAUCUGUGACCCCCCAAUUACCAGCAGUGAGUCGCCCAAUAUGAAUUAUGAGAAUUUAAUUGACCUUGAAAAGGCACAUUCAAAACUUGUCAAAAUUGAUAAAAGAAUAACCCACACAAAAAACUUGAGUGUUGCAGAAAUUCAGUGAGAGUUUAUAAGUACUUUCAGAAAAUAAGAAGAAAACAAGAUUUGAGGUUCGGGAUUCACUCAAGCAUGAGAUGUGCAUGCUGCACUCUAGGUAGAACUUUGAAGCAGUCCAGAAUAGAGUGGUGAAAAACUUUUAUAUCUCAACUUAUAUUUACAACUUCAAACUUUCCCUAGUGACAAUAUUGUCGGUUUUGGGGUGGCUGGUCACAUAUGUCUAGGCUCCAUUAAUUUGAUAAAGACUUCACGGUUGAUUUUGCCAUUAUGGUAACUAGCAUGAAAACCUUGAUUGUGAUUGGCUGCUGAGCCCUGUUACCAUGGUAGUUGCCAUAAUAAUAAAGAUAUCAUCGUUGCUAUUCUUUACCCUCACUUGCCAUAUGUAUUAUCCCAUUUAUACAAUUUAUGACAUGUGAAAAAUAUGCGUUUUGAUGACUUUAUGGUAAUGAUUUGAGAAAGUGGACAGUUUCUACCUCUCUUUUAUACUGCUUUGAAUUAUUCAGAACAAAAUGCUGCGAUGCAAAAAGAGUUAAUUUACCAAAAACCUGUGGUUCAUUUGUAAAUAGGACCAUAUACUUGGCAAGGGAGGGUAUUCAUGAAGCUCCUUUUUUAAAUGUUUUUGAAAAAGACUUUUGUGUAACUCGAAUAAGCAGGUCCAAGCUAUCUCUUUGCUGACAGUUCAAAGUAUCUGCAUUGUUUGUUGUAUAUAUUAGUGUAGUUAACAUACCGGGUAGUUUUUAAUUUUUUUUUGAAGAAGUUAGUAUUUUUGUAAACUUUCUGUUGAGCUAUUCUGCAAAAGUUGAUCCAAAGGUUUUCCAGAGUUUUUGCCUAUUGAGUUUUAUCUCUGGUUUUUUACCCUGGACCUACUUGUCGUAGAAUUGUUUAACACAAAGAUUCACCCCCCCCAACAUUUUCUGACAGUUCUGCAGCGCGAAAUUGAUUUUACCAUGCCAAAUUUUUAAUUUUCGAAACUUAUGCAUCUUUUUUUAGACCAAAUUUACAAUGCCUAGGAAAUGAUGCAAUAAUUUGUAAGCUCAUGUCAGGCAAAAAAAUGCUCAAAAACUGAUUUUAUAUUCAAAGUAAAUGCUAAUGUAGUUUUCUUACGAUAUUCAUUAAGAUGCGAUUACUUUCAUUUUCAUUAGCUGAAAUUGAUUUUAGCAUCAUAACGCUUCAAAGUGUAUCUGCAGGAGACUAAGAAAGUAAUGAAAUGAUAUGCUGGUUGCGUUUUCAUUGCAACUAUUUUCGCAAAAUGUUGAGGGGGAUUCAAUGUUUUAUGUAGUUUAUUAAUUAUUUUUUCUGCAACGCAAAAUUUGUCUGGCCAUCUCGUUUUCAUUCUGGCCUAUAACUAAAAUAGAUCGACUUGAAAAUUACAUUGUUUGGGGUCAUGGGGUCAAAGGUAACAGAUGUCAUUUUAUAUUCCUGAAAAAAAAAAAAGAACUGUUUAACCCUAACUAGGCCGGGCUUUUUUGGCUGUUCUGUGGCCGGGGGGGGGGGGGGGUUGAUUCAACCCCCCCCUGAGAUCUCGGCCGCCGAUCGCGCGAGCGUCGCAAAAAUUUGCACUCUGGUAGUGUGCGAUGUAAUCUACAAGGCUGUAUGGUAAAAUUUUCCAAAAUAAUGAGAUUUUAUUUUAUAUGAAUUAAUUAUGCUAAUUUAUGCAUAAAUCAUACUUUUUGCUCUAAUUCACUAAAUAAAGCUCCUAGAAUGCUAAGUUUUGGUAAAAAUAUUCUUUGUAGCAUUCUUAACAAUCGCAAUUGAAAAAAACUUUGGUUUGGAAAUCAAUUUCUUAUGUAUUUUAUUGUUUUAUGAAUUUCUUAUGUAUUUCUUUGUUUUUCAACCUUUUGUUUUUCUUUGUUUUUUUCACCAGAUUUAUUGCACAACCUUUUUGAAGCAUAAUUACCUUAAAAUCAAUUGCUUUCAGCUGUUUAAAGUAAAAAUAAUCAUAUCUUUAUGAAUAAGAUGAGAAAACUCAAUUUGCAUUGACUUUGUACACAAAAUCACGUUUUGGAACAAUUUUUGGUCUGACAUGCACUUACAAAAUGUUGCGUAAUUUCGGAACCGCGUACCCGGGCGUCGUAAAUUUGGUCUC